UAUACCCUCUCUCUUCCUCCCUCUCUCUCUCCCUCCCUCUCUCUCUCUCUCUCUCUCCUUCCCUCUCUUUCUCACUCUCCGCUCCACCUCCAUCACCGUGGUGAUUGGUGAGGUGUGUCUGAUGAGUGACUGGCUUGGAAAGAGAGAUACAAGAGGAGGACAGAAGAGAACAGAGAUGGAAGGAGAGACGGGGAGAAAGUUUGGCGGAACGAAAUAAAGCUAUUUGAAAAAGGAGAGGAAGCAUAACUGCCGCCAUUUGACCCGAGCCAUUUUAUCCAUUACCUUUCAUAUUAGACAUCACAGCACAGAUGAUAUGACCACCUAGUUAGGUAUUUGGGGGAACAUGCCAAGAGCAAGGAUGAAACCAGAAUUACCUAUCGUAUCGUACGACACUGAAUGAGAGUCACUCCUCCAAAAACAAUUGAAAAAAUACAGUGCUUGCUCAUUAAGAGCGCCAUGGAUCCUUCUUUCUCCAUCUCCAACUCCUCGUUCCCUUCACUCUCGUCCACUGAGCUCUACUGCCCGCUGCUGCAGAAAAUGCGUUUGCACUCGGUCAACAGCACGGGGGACACGACGGCAGUGGUGUGCAUCCACGGCCUGGUCUCCUGCCUGGGCAUCAUAGAGAAUGCCCUGGUGCUGUGGGUGCUGGGCGUCCGGCUGCGGCGCAAGACGGUGGCGGCCGUCUGGAUGCUGAACCUGGCGCUGUCCGACUUCCUGGCCACGCUCACGCUGCCACUCUUCACGCACUACCUGCACGCCGGCCACAGCUGGGAGCUGGGCGCGCCGCUCUGCUCGGCCCAGGCGUCCGUCUUCUUCCUCAACAUGUACGUCUCGGCCUACCUGCUGGCGGCCAUCUCACUGGAUCGCUGCCUACUGGUGACCCGUCCCGUGUGGAGCCAGAACCACCGCUCGGUGGCGGCCGCCUGGAAGGUGUGCGCCGUGGGCUGGCUGUGGGCGGCCGUCAACGCCUUCCCCUACUUCAUGUUCCGCUCUGUCACGCCCCAUGUGGACGGCCGGCAGCUGUGCUACCACAACUUUGCGCUGUACUCCUCGAAGGCGGCGCUGAAGCAGGACUGCCGGGUGCGGCAGGCGGCCACGGCCAUCUCCAAGGCGCUGCUGGCCUUCGUGGUGCCACUCGUGAUCAUCGCCAGCAGCUACAUGUACUUCGGCCUCAGCCUGCAGGCGCGCAACCGCCGCCGGCUGCGGAAGAAGAGCUGCAUGGGGCUGGCGGACAGCGGCGGCUCCGCCGCCCUCGUCGCGCUCAAGCUGGGCUCCGGCGUGGCGGCCACCUCCGGGCGGCUCUCGCGCGGUUUCACCAAGAUGGUGGCGUCGGUCAUCGCUGCCUUCAUCCUGUGCUGGGCGCCCUACCACGCCUUGUGCCUGCUGGAGGUGGCGGCGCAGUACGAGCCCGAUCGCUUUGCGCAGCUGGUGGAGCGGGCUCUGCCCCUGGCCACCACCUGCGCCUUCCUCAACCCGGUGCUCAACCCCAUACUGUACGCCUUCAGCUGCCCUCACUUCUGCACGCGCAUCCGCCAGAGCCUGUCGGCGCUGCUGGAGGGCCUGGUGGAGGAGGGGGGGGCCGUGUCCAUGGCGGGGGGUCUGGUCAGGAGGAGGGCAACCAGGGCAGGAGAGAGCAGCUCCGGCUUGCCCAAUUCACCCACCUCACCCAACACCCCCGGCCUGUCCAGGCACACCCUCUCCCCUCAGAACUCAGUCAAUGGGUGCAUCUUCGAAAAGUGCCCUACAGAAGACAUCUGCACAGACAACCUUCGAAAGGUCCCUUUUCAGGAGACAGCGGACAUUAUAAUGUAGAUCAAAAAAGAAAAGAGAUAAGGUCUUAAAGACUUUUGUCAACUGUACAGUUAAAUAGUAUGGGAAUUGUAAGUAUUAAUGUGUCAGGACCGACAUAGCCUACUUUGUUGGCUCUAUUUGACCAUUUCAUGUUUUUAGAGUUUUUGGAACAGAAACAUAUUUGCAAUUUCAUCUUGUCCCUUUGUCCCUCCAUCCCAAUAUUUUCUAUGUAAUUACCUCUAUUUCUCUCACACCCUCUCUCUCACAUUCUCUCUCUCUCUCUCUGAUUGCAAGACAGUGGACAUGUUUCCAUUUAUCAUUUCAUUUCAUUUGCUUUCUCUUCACAGACUCACAUUCUGUCACAAUUCCACUCAUAGUCCCGGGAUUACCACUGAGGUUGUAAUUUUCCAGUGUAAAGAUCCAGGGUCAAAACCCCUAAUCCCUUGCAGACCCACAUGGGCCCAUAUUUUUUUUCUCUGAUGUUGUCUAGAUUAUCCACCCUGUCUCUCCUGCCCAAGUCCACACCCCCAACACACUCUCUCUCACACACACACACACACACAACUUUGUGCUGUACUCCUCGAAGGCAGCGCUGCAGCGUGACUGCCGGGUGCACACACACGAGCACACACACACACAAACACACACACACACACACACACACACACACAUAUAUCGCCUACAAGCACACCCACACCCGCACACACAAGCACAAACACAAAGACACAUGUGGUAUUUCAUAUGGUCUUCAAGGAAACACUCUUUGUUAAAUUCCUGCAAGUCAAAUGACACUUUCUUCUGAACAUCGUAAAGUGUGUUGUAAAGAUUUGUGAAAUAAUAUAACAAGCAACAAGCAUAGAGGUGAGAAGUGAGAGUUGAGGUGAACAUUUUGGGGGAAGCAUAGUGCUUUGGUGUACUGCAUGUAGCUAUCAUUUUAUAUAUUUGAGAAUAUUUCAAAAUAGAUAACAGACUCUGUCUUUCUCUUCUGAAGAAAAAGCAGAGGGAGGUGUUGAAUGUGUGUGUGUGUGUGUGUGUGUGUGUGUGU